AGAAUAUGAGUUUCUGCAUAUACGAUUCAGAUAUUGUUGUAUGCAACAAUGAUCAUCUCAUAAUAUACAACAUCGAUAAUAACUUAAUAAAUACCAUAGCACUACCUCAGUUGGAAUGUAAUAAGGUAGUUAAUAUACAUAACAAUGUAGAUAUAGAAUCAUAUCACAUGAUAAUAAGUACAACAUUUUCUAACGAUGGCAAAUAUUUUUUGGUAUGUACAAAUCGUAAACAAUUGUGUUUAUAUGAAAGAAAAAGUAAAAGGCUUAUAUCAAACAGAAUAUUAUCUAGAGCAGCAAGCAAAGUAAUAUUUUCUCCAAACAAUGAUAUAAUUGUUGCCGAUAAAGCUGGAGAUGCUUAUCUAUUUUCUACUGCAAAUCCUAUAGAAAAUGGAACUUUACUCUUGGGACAUUUAUCAAUGCUGCUGGAUAUACUUGUCACGGAAGAUGGAAAGUAUAUUUUAACAACUGAUAGAGAUGAAAAGAUUCGUGUAUCAAUGUUUCCACAUUCAUAUAAUAUUGUAUCUUAUUGUCUUGGACAUAGUAAAUUUGUAACGAAUAUUUGUGAACUACCUCAUAAAAAAAAAAUUCUAGUAUCCUCGGGAGGAGAUGGAACUUUCAUGUUAUGGAAUUAUGAAUAUGGUAGAGAAUUAUUAACCAUUAAUUUUAGUGAAAAAAUUGCUAAAUAUAAUAUUGACAAAUUUAAUCAAAUUCUUAAAACUAAUCAUUAUGAAGAAUACGUAAAUGUCUUACCUGUGAAACAUUUAAAAGCUAUGGCACUUGAUAAAUUAUCGUCUUUACUUGUUAUAAGUUUUUAUAGUAGUAAUAUAUUACUGAUAUAUAUCAUUGAUGAAACAGUGGAAUCACAAUUAAGAGCUACUUGGAUUGAAACUAUAAUAAUGGAAGAUGAACCUUUAGAUUGUUUUUUAAAUAAUCAUCGAAUGUGGGUUUUAACCAAUUCAGGAGUGAACAUAUAUAUUUUGAAGAAUAAUCAUUUUGUAUUGGACUCAAUUACAAAUAAUACAUUAAAAGAAUUGAAUGAAGUUUGGAUGUCAUUGAAUAAUAAUACACUUACGCAAAAUUUAUUCCCUAUUUUGUACAAAAGAAAAUAUGAUAACGUACAACAGUAUUUAGAAAGAAAAAAAUCACGUCUGUCAAAUACUUUGGAAUAAGCAUUUUCAGUUAACAAAAUAAAAUUCCAAAAAAAGAAAAAAAAAUAGAAAAGAAAAGAGAAAAAUAAGCAUACAACA